AUGGCUAAUUUGCAAUUACAAGGCGACAGUUUAAAUUUGAUUAAAACAAAGUCCAUCUUAUCAGCGUUUCUUGCCAGAGUUAAACUAAUGAAGCAAAAUAUUGGACGGGGCGAAUUUUCUCAGUUCCCCAAUUUGUCACAGACAAGCUGCCAGGAAGACGACGUUUCAACUUACGUUCAACAUUUAAAUGCCCUCCAUUCAGAUUUUGAAUCUAGGUUGGAGGAUAUUUUGACUAUGGUAAUACCACCGUGGAUAAUUAAUCCAUAUGGUGACAUAGAAGAAACGAAUGUCAUAAUACAAGAGGAACUGACUGAACUAAGUACAAAUGAAGAACUUAAGGUUCAGUUUAAAAACGGAUAUCAGGAAUUCUGGCUGCAAAACAACAUACCCGUUACUUAUCCCGUAUUGUGGAAUAUAGCGAGGAAAUUUUUAAUUUCCUUUCCAUCGCCUAGUGGAAAGGGGGUUCAGCGCUGUUAUCAAUCUCCUAACGAAAAAAAGAAACAGACUGGAAAUGAUUAG